AUGUCCUCAAAUUACACUGUUAAUGUUGAAUAUGAUUAUUUAUUUAAAAUAUUAAUUAUUGGUGAUAGUGGUGUUGGCAAAAGUGCAAUUUUACAACGAUUUACUCAAAACAAUUUUUCAAGUGAAUAUUUUGUUACUGUUGGUGUUGAUUUUCGAAUUCGAACAGUUAAUGUUGAUUCAAAACGUUGUAAAUUACAAGUAUGGGAUACAGCUGGUCAAGAUCGUUUUAAAUGUGUUGCAUCAUCAUUUUAUCGUGGUGCACAUGGUGUUAUAAUUUGCUUUGAUAUAACGAAUCGUGAAAGUUUUGAUCAUGUUGAUAAAUGGCUUGAAGAAGUAAAAAGACAUUGUGUCAAUCAACCACCUGUAUAUCUUGUUGGUACAAAAUCUGAUUUACAAUCACAACGUGUGAUUUCUUAUUCAACAAUAAAAACAUAUACUGAUACAAAAAACUUAUCUUAUAUUGAAACAAGUUCAAAAACAAAUGAAAAUGUUGAUAAUUGUUUUAUUGAUUUUACACGUACAUUAAUUACACAUAUGGAUCAAAUGGAUGCAAAUCAUAGGAGUAAACAAAUGGAAAAACCAUCAAUUGUUUUAAAUGAUAAAACAAAAUCGAAUACGACUGGUGGAUGUUCAGUAAAAGAUAGAUGUACGAUUUAA